AGAACGGAAAUGUGGACGCAGAAAUCGUGGAUCUUUUUGCUCCUGGCAGUGAGUAGCCUGGAGGCGCGAUUGAUCCCUCCAAGACCAACACUUCUGGAGAGCGCCCAGUUGGAAGCAGGGGGUCUAGAAUCCAUCUCCUCUCGGUUGGACGACAACAGUGAGGAGAACUACCGUCUGCCAAAUAAUACGGCUCCGGAGGCUUACAGAAUAGAACUCUGGACGGAUGUUCACAAUGGAGACAGGGAAUUCUACGGCACGGUUCAGAUCGACAUUGAGGUCUUGGAAGAAUCAUCGGAGAUCAAGUUGCACUACCGCCAGACAGAGGGAUUUUCGGCCUCCAUAGUCAGUCGGGAUCAGGACAAUUCCACGGAGAUUCCCCUGAAUGUAACUCUUGACCCCCAAAGGGAGUUCCUCGUCCUCACACCCACGGAGAGCAACGUGAGCUAUGCGGCGAACACGAAGUGGACCCUAACCGUGAACUACAACGGCACCCUGAGAAGCGACAUGGCAGGAUUCCAUAGGACCAGCUAUACGGACGACAGCGGGACAGAACAUUACUUGGCCGCCACCCAAUUUGAGAGCACCAAUGCCCGGCAUGCCUUUCCCGGAUACGAUGAGCCCGCAAGGAGAGCAAACUUCACCAUCACCAUCCACCAUGACCCUUCCUACUCGGCAAUCAGCAAUAUGCCCGUGAAUGAGUCUGCUAGCAGUUCCGGAGUCACAUCCUUCCAAACUACGCCCAAAAUGUCCACCUACCUCGUCGCCUUCGUGGUGUCCGAUUUUGGGUACACAUCCGGCCAGUUGAACGAUCUGCCGCAGCGCGUUUUUACACAGAAUGGAAAAGUGGGUCAACAGGAGUGGGCCCUGUGGUCUGGUUUAGUGGUGGAAUCCAGCCUGGCCGGCUACUUCGGAGUGCCCUUCCCUCUUCCAAAACUGGACCAGGCAGGCGUUCCUGGCAAAGGAGGGGCAAUGGAAAACUGGGGCUUGGCCACCUACGGGGAGCAAUACAUGGUUUGGUCUAAGGAGAACUCCACCACUGACUUGAAGACCAGCAUUGCGAACAUCAUUGGUCACGAGUACGCCCACAUGUGGUUCGGAGACCUCGUUUCCAUCCAAUGGUGGACCUACCUCUGGCUGAAGGAGGGCUUUGCCACUCUCUUCUCCUACGAGUCCAACGACAUUGCCUUCCCCGAGUGGGACACCUACCAGAUCUACCAUGUCAGCGACUACAAUAGCGCUCUUAUUAACGAUGCCAUUACCUCUGCAGUUCCCAUGACCCACUACGUACAGACUCCCAGUGAGAUCUCCGGACGUUAUAAUACCUUUUCCUAUGCCAAGCCAUCCGCUGUGCUUUACAUGUUCAAGAACGCCUGGUCAGAUCGAGUCUUCCGAGCGGGUCUGAACAAGUAUCUGACUAAGAACCAGUACACAUCCUGCGAUGAGUGGGAUCUAUUCGCCUCCUUGCAGGAGUCGGCCGACGAGCACGGUCUCUCUCUGCCCACAACGGUGAAUAACAUCUUCAGCAGCUGGUCACAGCAGGCUGGCUAUCCUCUGCUGACGGUGACCCGAAACUAUGCGUCUGGAACCUUCACCGUAAAGCAACAGAGAUAUCUGGCGGAUGACGACUCUAACCAGAAAACCUGGUACGUGCCCAUCAACUUUGCCACCGCCUCCAAUCCGGAUUACCGUAACACUACUGCGUCGCACUACCUUCUUAACACGACGGAAGUCGAGAUCUCAGAUGUCGCGAUAGCUAGGGAUGACUGGAUCAUCAUCAACAAAAAGAGCUCCUUUUUCUAUCGCUCCAUAUACGAUUCGGAUAACUACGACCGCAUUGUCGAGGCGCUGAACAACAAUCACCACAAGAUUCACGUCCGAAACCGGGCUCAAUUGUUGAAUGAUGCGUACAUCUUUGUCACAACAAGCCGCCUUAGCCACAGCGUCCUACUGCGAUUGCUCACGUACCUGAGGUAUGAGGACCAGUACGCUCCUUGGGACAAUGCCAACACUAUCCUUACAGCUUACGAUCGGUACUUGCGAGGAGAAGAUCCCAAUUCUUUUCGGCAAUUCGUGAGGAAUCUUGUUGAGCCUGCCUUAGAGAGAAUUGGAGUUAACGAGGUUCCUGGGGAGCACUACCUGAGCAACUAUCUUCGGAAUGUAAUAGUUAGCUUGGCCUGUCAAGUUAAGAGUGAAGAGUGCCUUCUCCAAGCGUCCAAUAAGCUGUCAGAGUUUCUAUUCAACGGAACUGCGAUUGAGCCCAGUCUGAGAACACAGGCAUACUGUUCCGGACUGCGAAGUCCUCCAGAUACUGUCUACGACAGAGUUCUGUCGGACUUGUUGGCAGCUGCGGAUGCCACAGAUCGCAGUCUUUUUAUUUCCUCCCUGGGUUGCUCGACGAAAUCGGAUCAACUCGAAAAAUUCUUCAGUCUGUCCACGACCAACUCGUUGAGCUCUUCGGAGAGCACUUCCCUACUCAAGUCGGCCUAUACGAAGAGCAACGAAGGCCUCAGAGAAAGCCUGUUGUACCUGGAAAACAACUGGAAUAUUUAUGCUGCGGGGCUAAAUGGAACAGAAAAGCCUCUAGACGCCGAUCUGCGAGAGAUGGCUAACUAUGUAAUAAACGAGGAGGAGGAGAAAAGGCUACUCGCUCUGGUGGAGGAUAUCAAGUUUAAGGGACCCGAGUACCUCGAGGAUGAUCUGACCACCGUCAUUGAUUCCAGAAUUAAGUCGAAUUACGAAUGGCUUUCAGCCAAUCGCGAUCCCAUAAUCAACUGGACAGCAGAUUAUGUAUAUGGUGAACCAAGUUCCGGUGCCGGUUUCGUAUCGUCCCUAGCCAUUGUAUUUGUGAGUGCACUGUUUGCACUGUUAGCCUCUUUUGUUUAGACAAAGUCAUAUGGUCAAGUAGAAGCCACAAAUUAAAU